AUGCCGAUGAGGAAAUUCUCCCUCUCGCGCAAAUCGUCUUCAAACGAUAUCCGCGGAGUCCGUGGAGACACACCUCCCGUCUCCCGAUCCACCGGCGCCGCAGCCGCAGCCGCCGCCGCAGCAGCCUCCGCCCACGCAUCGACUAACGGUGACGCCGACAGCGCCCAAGGAUCUGGUAGUAUCAGCAAGGGCUCCAAUAGGCGCAACAGCCUCUUCGGCUCCAAGUCAAAACGCCGUCUGUCAUCGCUGUUCAACAAUCACCGUGACAAGGAUGAGACAGCCCCCGUCCCGCCCAUCCCGGCCAAGUAUGCGUCUUCGGGAACGGCGACCCCGUCAAAGGAGGUGUCUGGCGUCGAUGUCGACCAGAGCAAAACGCUCCCCGCUGUGCCGAACGAGGCCGUGAAUGCUCAGCUGGCCAACCUGGGCAUUGGAGGGCCUGCAUCGGUCGCAUCGACUGGACCGCGAGCGCCCUCUGUAUCCAGUGUGCCUGCCUCAACGUCUGCGUCCAUGACUGCGCCCGCACCCGCGACGCCUACGAAGGCAUCCCAGAUUUCGGCCCCGAACGGAUCGGCAGUUGGGACGAACGGUCCCGUGGACACGACCCCGGUGCGGGCAUCCGCCGCGGCUGUCGAAAACGGCUCUCCUGCUGCGUCGGUUGCGCCCUCGAUGACCCGGUCGGUCAGCAUGUACUCGCAGUGGGGCGACGAGGACGAGAGCUCGGACGAGGACGACGCGUUCUGGGCCACUCCCGACGAGGGUUUGUCCGAGGUCGAGGAGGAAGAUGAGGACGAGGUCAACGCGAUUGAACGGAAUGCCGCGACUAACGGCGUCGCCGCUACCCCUGUUAAUGGCGUUUCGACCUCCAAGCCCCCGACUGUCAAUGGAGCGCCGACGACCAGCCGGAAAGCAUCGACUGCGAGCAUGACCUCGCUCGGCAUCCCGAAGCUGCGCCGCUACCAGGCGACUGGCGCCAAGGUGAACCCGCCCAAGAUGGAGUACGGCAAUCCGAAGGAUGUCGACCAGGCAGCCUGUCUCGCUCCGGACCUCGACACCUGUCGCGAAGCGCUCAGCCUCUUCCUGUCGUCCAAGAUGAAGGAGGCGGAGAACCUGCUCGCGGAGAAGGACCCGAAGAACAACCACCUGUACCUGCAAAGCGGACACGGGCUGAUCCAGAGUCUGAAGGGUCUGAUGACAUUUGACAGUGUCGACCUCAACGCGGCGCUCGACAUCACCAAGGCGACGGCGCACACGGCGACGAUGCUGCGUCCGCCAACGGGCGGCGUCUUCUCCAAGAUUGGCGGCCUCGUGUCGCACGGCCAGGCGCUCGCGCGCGUGCGCCAGAUGACGCCGCUGGAGCGCCACGCCGAACUGACGUACGCCGAGACGAUUCUCGUCAAGGCGCAGCUCGCGAUCGUUGCGGGCGGAGACUGGGUCGGCCUCAUCCGUGAGGCGCUCAACAUGCGCUCCGCGCACGGCAUCUACCGCACCCUCCAGAUGUACCUGGACGAGGCGGACAAGAACGGUUUCGACGAGGACAUUGACAUGGACUUCCGCUCGGGCGUGCUCCUCGGCACGGGCACGAGUUCGCUCAUGCUCUCCCUGCUGCCGGGCAAGGUGCUCAAGAUCGCCGAGGUGUUCGGCUACGCCGGAGACCGCAAGGUCGCCCUCGAGACGCUGAUGGCUGCGGGUGGGUGGAGUGUCGAUUCGCCGACGCCGGCAUACGACGAGACGAACGAGGGUAUCCGCCGGCCAAUUUGCGACAUGAUCCUGCUCACGUUCCACCUGGUCAUCAGCGUGCUCAUGCCUGUUGCGGGCGUCGACAUCCCCACGGCGCGCAAGAUUCUCGCCUACAACAUGCGCCGUUACCCCGACGGCAUCUUCUUCCUCUACUUCCAGGCGCGCCUGCACACGAAUGAGUGCGAGCCCGAGCUCGCAAACGCGUCGCUCCAGCGCGCCCUCGACCUCGAGCUCGAGUACGUCCAGCUCCAGCACAUGUGCCUGUGGGACUAUGGGUGCAACUACUUCCAGCUCAACGACUGGCAGGGCUCGUACCAGUGCUUCGAGAUCCUGCGCAAGGAGUCCAACUGGUCCCGCGCCGUGUACACGUACGCGACGGCCGUGAACGUCAUGGAGCUCAUCGACGACCCGUCCGUGCCCGAGGCGACGCAGGAGCACGCGUACCAGCUCGUCCUGCAGCUGCCGAAGCUCGCCAAGAAGAUUGCAGGCAAGUCGCUCCCCAUCGAGAAACUGUGCAACCGCAAAGCACGCAAGUACGUGUCGCAGGGCAAGCGGCUCUUCCUCCCCGCCAUGGAGCUGGGGUACGUGUUCGGCUCGCUUGGCGCAACGCCCCGCCGCCUGCUGCUGUCCAAGUGGCUGCCGCGGAUCAACGCGGAACUCGCUGCACUCGAGGCCUCGACGCCCGAGACAUGGGGCAACGGAACAGGAUACUGGGACGACUAUGCUCUCGGCCACUUCCUGCGCGCGCUCGUGCAGAGCCACGCGUGCUACCAGCCCAAGGACGCGAGCGAGAAUGCGCGCCAGCGUCUCCCCGGCCAGCCGACGGACGCGGAGCUCGACGCCGGCGCCGAGCGCGACUUUAGGGCUGUCAUCGAGAACGCGCCCAAGGUCGAGCUCGACCACUACAUCCUCUUCCACAACCAUUACGAGUUUGGCCGCUUCUUCGCCCGCCGCGGAGAUACCGCCAACGCCAAGGCGCAGUUUGACAUUGUCGCCUCGGGCAAGCUGCCCGUCCCCAACCCCCACAUUGGCAAGGGCAAGUACUCCCUCGAGGGCGCGCUUCAGCUCAAGAAUCACGCGGCCGCCCAGGCUCUCACGUCCAAGGACGGAUCGGACCUGUAA